GCCAGUGGGAGAGGCCUUGCGUCAGACACCUGGCAAACGUACACACGUAAAGAGCAGCGCAGUUUGUUCCCCAGCUAUAGAAAGCCACAUGGAUCAAUUGGGGGAGGAAGACCCAGACCCAUCACUGAGUCCACCUCUGAGCCAAGAGACCUUUGAGGAGAUCUGGGCUUUGAAAAUGAUCAGCCCUUUCAUGAAUACGGAGCAGCUGAUGGCCUCCACCCAGCCCAUCGCCUUCCCCGAGGAGGGGGCCAGCGCCAUGGAGCAGAACACCUACCCGCUGCUGGAUCCCCACGUCUCCACCACCCCGCUGGCCCCUCUGGCAGAAGGUUACCUGAACGGAGGAGACUUUGUCAUCCCUCCCGCGAACCACUACUUGGCGAACCCCGGGGUCAUGCUCCAGCUGGCCGAAGAUUAUCCUCCGGGGGACAGCGGCGUCUUCCCUCCCACCGAAGAUUAUCCUGGGUGCUAUGGCUUUAAUUUGGAGUUUGAGCAAUCGGGGACCGCCAAGUCUGUCACCUACACUUACUCCCCGGUUCUGAACAAGCUUUUCUGCCAAAUGGGCAAAACUUGCAAAGUGCUCGUAAAGGUGAGGGAGGCACCGCCGCCAGGCUCCGUGGUCCGCGCCAUGGCAGUCUACAAGAGCUCUGAGCACAUGGCCGAGGUGGUGAAGCGCUGCCCCCAUCACGAACGGCGCCCGGAGUGCAAUGACGGCCUGACCCCCGCUGAUCAUCUCAUCCGAGUCGAAGGCAACCCCCAGGCCCAGUACUGCAUGGGCAGGAACAAGCGGCACAGUGUCUCGGUUCCUUACCAGAAGCCUCAGGUGGGGACGGCUUGCACCAUCAUCCUGUAUAACUACAUGUGCAACAGUUCCUGCAUGGGGGGCAUGCACCGGCGCCCCAUCCUGACCAUCCUGACUUUGGAGUCUGCAGAGGGAGAGGUCCUGGGACGCCGAUGCUUCGAAGUCCGGGUCUGCGCCUGCCCAGGCCGAGAUCGACGGUCUGAGGAACGCAGCUUCCAGCAGAAAGCUCCUUCCCAAGGCAGCCUUCCUUGCACCACUAGCAGUGGGUCGGCGGCCGUCGCACUGGAGGAAGACGCACCCGAACAGGAGUUGGAGGAAGAGCCUGAACCCGAAGUUUACACCCUCCAAAUCCACAAUCGCAAGCACUACGUGAUGCUGAAGAAGCUCCUGGAAGCCCUUGAAUUCCAAGAAACGAGCCAGAGGGAGGACUUGGAGAGCUGCACGUGCGGGAAGAGCCUCCUGAAGAGCAGGAAACGCCCGAAGUUUGCUUCGCCCCGUCGAAAGAAAGUCCAAGUGAAGGAUGAGUCGCAGGACUCCGACUAGUUCUCUCACACGCGCGUGUCCUGCCCCCCACACCCACACCCACACCCCGUCUGCUUUGACUGUCCUGUUCCUUCCCCGGCUCCCUUCUCCGGUUUUAACUUUCAGGGAUGCUCCAUUUCCCAACCCAGCCUCUUCCCGAGCUG